AUGUGCAAGCUGAUGGCUGCCAGCUCCCAGCUCUGCCUCCGCCCCGGGCGCGGGAUCUGGGACACGCUGCCCCCCUGUGGACAGUCUUGGAAUCGCAGCCUCGGCGCCCUAGUCACGGGGAUGGAGCGCGCGCUGGCAGCCUGGACUGACUUUGAGGAGGGUCUCACGCGGCGCUGCCCACCACUGGGGCAGCCGGGCCCCCCGGCUCUGACACACGGGGAAACCGAGGCCCAGGAGCGGCCGUCCCGGCCACUCGGCCAGCAGGGGCCGCGGCGCGGCGGGGGCGCGCCGGGCCCAAGGUCACCGCGCCGGCCUGCCCGGGGGAGGCGGAUGGGUGGGGAUCCGCGGGCCUCCCCGGGCGCGCGCCCCCCCCCCCUCGGCGGCGCGCACGGGGCCCGGGAAGCAGAAGCGGCGGCGGCGGCUGCAGCAGCAGGUGGAGCCGGAGCCUCCGCGCAGCCGAGGCCGCGGCCACUGCCGGCGUCGCCGCCAUUAGACAAUAGGAGCGGCGGCCGGGCGUGCGGGGAGGCGGGCGGCGGGGAGGGGCGGGGAGGGGCGCCGGGCGCGCAGGAAGCGGGGCCCGGGGCGCGCCGGGGCCGGGCGCGCGGGGAGGGGGCGCAGGAAGCGGGCGAGGCCGGGCGCGGGAGGCGGCGGCGGCGGCGGCCCCGGGAGCUCCCGAUCGGCGCCGGGACAAAGGCGCGGCCGCCGGCGCCCCGAGCAGCCCGAGCCGGGGCGCACAGCCGGGGCGCAGCCCGCGCCCCCCGCCGCGACUGA